GCCAUAUCCCGGCAGUCACCUGUCACAAACUCACACCGCAUCCAACUGUUCAUAGCUGACUAACCAGCAUCAACUCCCGACCGAUCCGAUCGUCAGCGACACAAUCAUAUCAAUCUCCGAUCAGACCAUUCACCAACCACCAUCCAUCCCUAUCCCCUACAUUGUCCCCGAGUCGCACAAACACCACCAACCAUCACAUCAAUGCCUUCGACCCACUAAAAUGCCCAAACUCUCCCCCUCCACCCUCCUCACCUCCCUCUUCUACCUCCUCCCUAUCUACCUCUUCGUCAUCGCCCCCCUCCUCCGCCAACUCUUCCCCGUAACCACCGACAUCUUCGACCCGGACACCGACACCCCCGACGCAGAAACCGACAUCACGCUCGACCCCGAGAUCCUCAGUCUCCCCGACGGAGUCACCCCAACAUGUCCCGAAGAUACCUACCGGGUACACCUCCUAUCCAAGGACCCACUAAUCAUCUACAUCGAAGAUUUCCUCUCCGACGAGGAAGCCGACCACCUCGUGAAGAUCAGUGAACCAAACUACACCCCCUCAAUAAUCUACAACGGCCAAACCACCAAAGUCGACCCCUCGACACGCCUCUCCGACCGCGCCCUCCUCCCCCGCGACAACACCGUCCGCUGCCUCGAAUCGCGCGCCUCCUCCUUCCAAGGCUGGAAACCCCACCUGUACAUCGAGCGCAUGUGGGCCCAACGCUACAACGUCUCCGGCCACUACAAACACCACUUCGACUGGGCCGGGUCCGUCGCUCGCGGCGGCGACAGACUAAGCACCUUCAUGGUAUACCUCGGCGAUGACUGCAAGGGCGGAGGCACAAACUUCCCUCGACUCAAGAUGCCGCGCGGAGACCAGUGGUGUCAAUUCUUGGAUUGCGAGAUGGGCGAUAAUGUCACCGGGAUCACGUUUAAGCCCGUAAAGGGGAAUGCCAUCUUCUGGGAGAAUUUGAAAUCUGAUGGUACGGGGUAUCCUGAGACGUGGCAUGCCGCGUUCCCCGUCACUGAGGGGUUGAAGGUUGGGUUGAAUAUUUGGAGUUGGUAUCAGCCGCCGCGGAGGAGGGGAUGAAUUGUUCCCUCUUUCCUUUUUGGGACUAUGGGAUCGGGGUAUAUAUCGGUUGCUUUCUGUAUAACAUGUGUGUACUAUAUUGUGUACUAUGAAGGAUAGAUAGCGACUAUGAAGGAUAAAUAGCGAGGUAGGUAGGUAGGUAGUUGUAGUAGGUAUCGAGAUAGACAAUGGUAUAGAUGAUUGAUUGGUU